AAAGGCAAUGAUGAUGGCGAUAGUGGUGGUGGGGAGCGACCUGCACAACUGCUGCCGGGACUGUUCGAUUGAUAUUAUCGAUAGUGCUCUGUGGCAGUUUGAUGCCGUUGUCGACUUCCUCGCGCAGCCAUGUCCUCCGCCAUGUCCGUAGUGGCACUCGUGUUUGCAGCACGAUCGACGACUUUGCAAUAACACACAUAUUUGUUCGUUUUGGUUAAUAAUUACUAACGCUUGACGCAAAUGGCGCAACCCACGGACUUUCCAAGUUGCCGUAGGCCGACCGCAAAAAUUCCCCUAACAGGUAACCACAGUUCUUUGCAAUUCUUUACUUCUGAAGCCUUUGAAGUAAGCCAUGCAGCUAAACUAUAUAUAAUGUGUGAAUUUAGUGCUUGCAAUUGAAUAAGAUGGAGCCAGCCUCGAUUAGUGGACGCAAUUUGCUUGCCGGGAGCGAGCUUGCUUACCUGAACCGUGUAUCGUCUAUAAUUGGAAGGUUCAAGCAUGCACGCGAAGUACUGGUGCAUCAGAGGACCGCUUUGCCAAGUAGCCCAGCUGCUCGGCUUCGCCGGCUUUGCCGGCGGCAUAAGCACGGGACGCAAUGCCUGUCAGGCUCGGCUACCUCUGCGACAGGGACUCUUCGGUCUCCUCCAGGCGCAGCGAGCUCACCACAUCCCCUGGUCGUCGCCAGUGCGACCAGCAAAGGAAAGCCUUCCCCAGUAGCUGCGUUAGCGGCGCUUGUUGAGGCCAAUGCCUGGAGCGCGGAAGACGAUUCCACGCGACUACGUCAUUUAGCCGCUGUCGACACCAAUGGACCGCUGCUGCAACAUGUCUCCAUCGGCGCUGGCAGCCAUGCCAGUGCCGUACAAACGGCCAGCGGCGCCGGCCGCGUCAUCACCACUGCUGCCACUCCACCGGUGUUAACACGGCCGGUGACGUCACCCGGAGCCACGUCAGCAGCACUCGCUAUUCCUGGACGUACGACAAACACCAGCGCUGCCGCUUCCGCUGCCGCCUCCGCCGCAGCUGCCCUAGCGGCGCUGCCUUCCCGACGUCCUCCCGCCUCCGCCGCAGCAGCACCCCCGCCGUCAGCACCUCCCGGCCUCCCUUCGUCGUACAGCCCCCUCCGUACAGCCCCCAGUGCCGGCCGUCCCGGUGCGGUUGCGGUUGCUGUCGUUGACGAUGUCCUCGACAUCAGCCCUCCAGACGACGUCUUUGACCUUGACGACCGCAGCUACGAUGACCUCCUGCUAGGCUCUUAUUCCAUGUCUGCUUCCCAGCCGCCGCAGCAGCGGCAGCAGCAGCAACAGCAGGCGUCUCGAGUGCCCCAGGCUCCACUGCUGCCGCCCUCGCGCCCGACAGGCAUCUCAGAAGCGGAGUUGCGGCGCCAGAUGGCGGCGUGUGCGGAUUGGCCCGAGGUGCAAGCGCUCUUCCGUACACUCAUGAGCAGCAGUAGCAGUAGCAGCAACGGUACAGACGGCGGCGUUGAUAUGAAUGGUACGGCGGCGGCUGGUGGCGCUGUCAUCGGCUCCGAAUGGGCUCCGAAUGGUACGGCAGCCGCUGCAGCGGCACCAGCAACCACACCAGCAACCACACCAGCAGCAACAGCAGCUGACGCCCUCCGCGGCCGGCAGCUAGUUGAGAUGGUACGGCACCUGGCCCGCAUGCCGCGUCGCCGUACAUUCGCCAAGUUUGAGGACGAGCGGUUGCAUGAGUUCGUACUGCAGGUGGCGGAGGCGACCUUGCCGUACCUGCCUGCAUUGCACAAGACCGACCUCUGCGGGCUGCUGUGGGCGUUCGGCCGGCUGGACAUGCACCCGGGGCACCUGUUUGUGGAGGAGGUGUUGGCGCUGCUGCAGCCGCUGCUGCGGCGCUGCGGACCCACGGGUCUGUCGCAGACGCUGUGGGGCCUCGCCCGCAUGGGCCAUCUGCCCUCGGAUGCCUUUUUGGCCGACUACUUCGCCUCCUUUGAACGCUGUCUGGAGCCGUCCUCCUCCGACCCUAGGAGUGGUGGUGGUAGCGGUGGUGGUUCCAAUAGCUGUGCUACUGCUACAGCUGCCCCGGCUGCUACUGCCGCAGCUGCGAGUAGACAAAAUGGCGGCGGUAAAAGAGGAAGCAGGAGCAGCAAGGGUGACGGUGGUGGUGGUGUCGAUAGUUGCAGCGGUAGCAGUAGUAGUAUCCCAGCAAGCGAAGGCGCAGCUCCGGCAUCCUCCUCUUCCUCCCAUGGAAGGGAGGACACCGAAGGCGGAAGCGAAGGAGGCGGAGGCGGUGCUGCACGCUGGGGUCACACGUGCACCGUGAACCCGCAGCAUGUGUCCAACCUGCUGUGGGGCUGUGUGCUGUUGAAGCUGCGGCCGCCGGGGGGGCUGGUGGCGCGGGCGUUGGAGCGGGUGCGGGAGACCAUGCAGUCCGCCUCCCCUCAGGCGCUGGCGCUGGUCUGCUGGGCUGCCGUACAACUGCCGUGCCACGCUGGAGCGGCCCAGCAGCAGCAGCCCCAGCAGCAGGGGGCCGAGCAGCAGCCCCAGCAGCAGCUGUCGGGCUCUGAUCGGCUGUUGCUGCCGGAGGGAUGGUGGCGGGAUGUGGAGGCUGCGGCGCUGCGGCUGCGCGGGCAGCUGCGGCCGCAGGACGUGUCGCACCUGGUGUGGUCCAUGGCUCGAUGCGGGUACCGGCCGCCGUACCGCUGGUUGCACCUGGUGUGCUGCCAGGUGCACUGCCUGCUGGGGGAGUUCAGGCCGCAGGAGCUGUCCAACCUGCUGUGGGGCCUGGUACACAGCGGCUACCGGCCCGCGUCCGCCUGGCUGACGGGGAUGGCGCAGCGGGGGCUGGAUGUGAUGGGGGGGUUCAAGGCCUUUGAGCUGGCGGUGUUGCUCUGGUCGCUUGCCUCCCUGGAGGCGGGCCCGCUGCUGCCGCCCACCUUUGCCCGCAGCCUCUUCUUCCACUCCGCUCCCAAGCUGGGCCUCUUCAAUGCCCAGGACUGCUCCAACUUCCUGUGGUCUCUCGCCAAGCUGGAUCUGCGGCCGCCCGACUCCUGGCUGGCCGCCUUCGUGGAGGAGAGCUUCAGCCAGCUGCCGCGCGCCACCCCGCAGCACCUGGCAUGCAUGGCCUGGGGGUUUGCCAAGCUGAGCCGGCUGCCUCCGGAGCCGUGGUGGGACAGGUUCUUCCUGGAGAGCCGGCCGCUGCUGCUGAGCUUCAAGUGCUGCGAGCUAGCCAUGACGCUCAUGGCGUUCGGCAUCUGCCGAGUGGCGCCGCCGCGGCAGUGGAUCAACCAGCUCAUGCUGGCAUCGCAUGCAAAGCUGGAGGUCUGCAGGCCCCAGGAGCUGGCCAACAUACUUUGGGGGCUCUGGCGCAUCGGCUACCGACCCGCGGGUCACUGGCUGGCCACCGCCGCCGAUGCAGCCUCACGCCAUGCCGUACGCGACGCGUUGUCGUACAGGGAUCUCGUCACGUUGGAUCGCGCCUUUGCAAGUUUCGGAGCAACGCUACCGAAGGAGGUGCAACAGGCUUUAGAACGAUCCAAGGAAAAGGAGGAGGCGGCUCAACUGGAGGCUGCUGCUGCGGCUGCUGCUGCGGAGGCGGCUGGGGCGGAGGCGUCAGCUGGGGCCUUGGCUGACCUGGACCUGGCGAUUCUAGAGCUGGAGGGCUCCGCGGAACGAGAAGGAGGAGGAGGAGUCAAGGAAGGGGGAAGCGACAGCGGUGGCGGUUUGGGUUCGCAGCCUUUACCGGUAUUACCGGCUGUGGCGGCUGCUGCUGUGGCGGCUGCUGCUGCUGCUGCUGCUGCUGCUGCUGCGACACCUGCCACUGCCCCAGCUGUUCUGGGUGCUGCUGCUGUCUCCGUGGGCGCCCCCGUGGUGGGCGGGGUGCGUGCGGGGAAGGAGUCGCAACCGGCACACCAGCCAACACACCAGCCAACACAGCAGCAACAACAGCAAAGCCAGCAGGCCAUGCCGCAGCAAGGGAAGCAGCAGCAGGGGCAACCCAAGCAGCAACAGCAGCAGGGGCAAGCCAAGCAGGAGCAGCAACCCAAGCAGCAGGAGCCGCUUCAGCAACCCAAGGAGAAGCAAAAAGGGCAACCCAAGCAGCAGCAGCAGCAGCAGCAGGCGCAACCCAAGCACCCUGCUGGCAAACCGACACCACAGCCGCAGCAACCCAACAAGCAGCAGGGGCAGCAACCCAAGCAGCAACAACAACCCAAGAAGCAGGAGCAGGUGCAGGGGCAAACCCAGCAGCAACAGCCGCAGCAGCAGCAACCGAAGAAGCAACCUGAACAACCAAAGCAGCAACAGGAGCAAGGUAAACCGACGUCGCAGCCGCAGCAAGGGAAGCAGCAGCAGGCGCAAGCCAAACAGCAGCAGCAACCCAAACAGCAACAGCAGCAGCAACCUAAGCAGCAACAGGCGCAAGCCAAGCAGCAGCAAGAGGGGCAAAGCAAGCAGCUUCCUGCCAAUCCGACGCCACAGCCGCAGCAGCCCAUGCCACAGCAGGGGCAAGCCAAACCGCCUCCGCCUCCGCCGCAGCAACAACAGCAACCAAAGAAGCAGCAUCAGGGGCAAACCAAGCAACCGGAACAAACCAAGCAGCAGGUGCAGGGGCAAACCAAGCAGCAACAGUCGCAGCAACCCAAACAGCAACAGGAGCAAGCUAAACUGACCUCUCAGCCGCAGCAGACAAAGCAGCAGGGGCAAGCCAAGCUGACUCAGCAAGAGGAGCGACCCAAGCAGCAACAGCAAGCCCAGCAGCAGCACGGGCAACCUAAGCAGCAGCAGCAGCAAACCAAGCCCGUGCAGCACACCAAGCAACAGCAGCGACAACCACACGGCGCGCAAGUCAUACAACAGCAAACACCUCUUCCGGAGGCAGCGACAAUGGCUCCUCCCUUGGGACAGCUGGCUGGCACUGCCGCUUCCUGCAUGCCUCCAAGUGAGGGAGCGUCACCGGCGGUGGAUGCACUCGCCUUGAUGCAGCAACAGAGCUCCUCCGCGGGGGUCUCCCUCGCACUGCCGACGCCCGCCACUUCCCGCUGCUGCCUCCCCGCUACCUCGUCCAUCCCCAUCACCUCCUCCUCCUCCACAGCUGCUGCUGGAGCUUCAGCUUCUGUUGCUGAUGAUGCUGUUUCUGACGCUUCUGCUGCUGCUGCUAUCCCCGAAGCUGCCCAGACUUCAGCAGCUGCUGUCGCUGCUGCUGCUGCUACCGGUGCUGCCGAGGAGACAGCGGCGGCUGCUCCACCGGCCUCGGGGGCGAGCAGCGCGAAAACCGGUGGUGCGGCAACGUCGCCGUCACAACAUUAUGCACAGCUACAACAACCGCCACCACCACCGCCAGAUGCCGCUGCGACGACCGGGCCUAACCAGGCUGCAGCAACAGCGACGGCCAGCGAGGGCACAACCGCUGCAACGGCGGCGGCAGCAGCAGCGGCAACCGCAGCAGCAGCAGCCACCGCAUCUGUCGAUGUUGGCUGCGAGAGGGAAGGUGGUGGUGUCAUCAUCGUCACUGUCGACGCCGCCGGCGACACCGCGGCUGCUGCUGCCGCGCCUGCGCCGCCGUCCCCGGAGGAGCUCUCCAAGAAGGAAAGUGCGAAGGAUCGGCGACGGAAGAAGCGCCAGGAGGACCGCCGGGAGCGACGGCGGCCGGGUGCCGCAGCAGGCACCAGCAGCAGCAGCAGUGUGGCUGCCGACGCCGCUGCGGAUGCUGACGCGGUCGCCAAUGUCUUAUCGGAGCCGGCGGAUUUGCAGCAGCAGGUGGCAGCAGACGUGCCUGCUGCAGCGGGGACAGGGGCACCACCGGCGUUGGCGGAUGCCAGUGCGGCGCCAGCAGCAGCCUUGGGACAAGAACUGAUGAAGGCCGAGUCGGCGGUGCUGCUGCCGCCAGCAGCGGGGCUGGCAGGAGGCGACGCGGCCUGUUGCAGCGGCCUGCCCGUGUCGCUGCAGCCCCGUCCUCCGGCAUCAUCUCCUUCUUCACCUCCGCUUCAGCUGGAGCCUGCUGGUGCUGGUGCUGGUGCUGCUGGUGCUACUGCGGCGGCAGCGGCAGCAGACAGCAGCACUGCCGCUGUUCUGCACGAGCAUGCGGGAGUAACAGCUGCUGCGGUGAAUGAGUUGAUUCAACAGGCGGCGGAGGAGGAGGCAAAGGCUGCUCGCUUGGGAGGCGAGAGCAUCAGCGCUGCCUCCGGCGCUGCUGUAGAUGAUGGCCGGAGUGCAGGAGCAAAGGGCGACGGGGAAGUGUUCGUGCGCCCGUCUGCGGCUCGUGCCGCCGCUCGGCAGGAGGCUCGUCGACGUGCGUUGCGGCAGGGGCUGCGGCAGGAGGUGGAACCGGAGUGAGAGUGAGAGAGGGCGCCGCGUGUGUGUGUGCUUAAGCGUUGUAAUCUAGCCCCUCUGUGUGUAUGUAUGCAAUGGAUGAGCUGCAGAUGCAGUUUGCAAAUGCUCCUGGGUUGAUUGGCGUGGGUAGCUGAGGGAUGCUGGACCGGCGGGCAGGUGGGCAGGCAGCGGUAGAAGUCUUGGCAGCAACUGAGCGGUGUGGAAUGUAGCCAUGAACAAGACGGCCGGGUGAAUGGUGGCCUCUGGCUUGUGAUGGCGCUGGUUGGCUCUCUUGGCUUGCGGUGAUCUCUGACUGUGAGGCUGAUUGGAGUCAUGGCUGCUUGGCAGGACUCCCAUGCCGAUGCUGGCCUCGUCCGUCAGGAGUAUGGGGGCCUUCUCUGAUGGGGCCCAACGCAACAAUGGGUAAUGCGGCAUGCAUGCAACACCGCCAUUGGAUUUGAUUGCUGUGUACAAUGCAGUACCAAUGCAGUACAAGCAGGUGGCAAGGAAACAGUCGACACAAG